AUGGGUGACAUCAUGAAGUCUUCAGCCUUCGCGCUGACUGAAGCGAAGUACGCCGCUGGAGACAGAGUCAAGCACGUCGUUUUUGAGAACGUGGAUCAGGCCAUUAUUAAGGUUCGCGCGAAGCAGGACAAUGUCGCUGGCGUGAAGCUGCCUAAAUUUGAACAUUUCGCCGAGGCAGGCGACAGCAAGAACGAUCUGACUGGUUUGGGUCGAGGAGGACAGCAGAUCCAGCUCGCGAGGUCAGCGUUCGUCCGUGCUAUUGAGUUGCUGGUUGAACUGGCAUCUCUACAGACAUCCUUCUUGACGCUGGACGAGGCCAUUAAGACGACCAACCGCCGUGUCAAUGCGCUUGAGAAUGUGGUGGUGCCUCGCCUGGAGAAUACGAUUUCGUACAUCAAGGGAGAGCUUGAUGAGUUGGAGCGUGAGGAUUUUUUCCGCCUGAAAAAGGUGCAGGCUUACAAGAAGAGAGAGGCUGACAAGUUGAAGAAGUUGAAGGAGGAGAGAGAAGCUGAAGAGGCCAAGGCCCCCAAGGCGAUUGCUGACAAGUCCUGCACCGGCACGAUGGCGACGGCCUCGUUGGCGACAGCCUUCACCUCGCCUAUCGCCUAUUUCGCCACUUUCGCCACAACCCCCGCGUCCGCAUCCCUUCGCCCGUCCACGCAGCAGAAAUUCCGUUCCAGUUUUAGCUCGCCUCCCCUUACAUCUAUCCUGCGACGACACGUGGACCUGCGCCACGAAGACCACGCCAGCGCAGCACACGUCAGCAGACCGUCCGGCGGCGCAGCCCUCCCGCUCUCAUCACUUCUUCUCUUCACUUCCUCUUUCCCUGCUUCCAUCCCGUCUUGCAGUGUGCACGGAGUGACGGAUGAGUCGGACCUCCCCUGGUUGGAAGAUCAGCUGCUACAGCUGUCAGGGGUCACGUCCGUCCAAACCCUGCCGCCCACCCUGCGCGCGGGCGGGCUGAGGGGCGGGCGGGUGGGGGUGGUGGUGGAGGCGGAGAGGGGAGUGGCAGUGAGGGACCUUGUGGCUGCAGUGCAUGGGGUGGAAAAUCGGCUAUUGGCACUCCCGUUUAGAUCACACUCGUGGAUGUGGAGGGGUCAUCGCAUUCACUAUGCCGUGGCAGGGUGUGGCAAACCCGUCAUCCUUGUGCAUGGCUUUGGAGGCAGUGCAGGGCACUUCCGCAACCUUAUAGCACAUCUCGCAGACCACCAUAAGGUGUACGCCGUUGACCUGCUAGGGUUUGGGGACUCUGACAAGCCGGGCGGCAUCGAAUACGGACCCGAGCUCUGGGCUGACAUCAUUAACGAUUUUAUGCUCGAGUUCACGGACGAGCCUGCGGUGCUCAUAGGCAACUCCAUCGGCUCUCUCACCUCCCUCACUGCUGCCGCCUCUGCUGCUGCGCCUCUCUCCCUCUCGGAUGGGGAGGGACAGAGCGAUGGCGAGGGGGAGGGAAGCAUCAUGCGGCGAGCAGAGAAGGGGAAGAUCAGGGGUCUGGUGCUGCUGAACGUGGCGGGAGCAAUGAACAGGAAGGGGCUGAUGCGGGACGAUGCAGUGCUGACAGCACUGUCGCCUAUGUUUGUGGCCAUCGAAUACCUGCUGCAGAAACCUAAGAUAGCUUCGUUCCUGUUUGAAAGGUUUCGCAACAAGGCCAAUGUGCGCAAGAUACUCAGUCAACAGGUGUACCGAGACGGCUCACAAGUCUGCGAUCGGCUGGUUGACAUUCUCUAUGAGCCAUCCACACACGACGGGGCUCUAGACGUCUUUGUCAAGGUCUUCACAGGCGAUCCAGGCCGGCACCCAGAGGAGUUAGUGGAGAUGGUGGAUGUGCCCAUGCUCGUGCUGUGGGGGGACAAGGACCCCUGGACGCCUAUUGAUGGCAAGGACCCCUGGACGCCUAUUGAUGGCAAGGACCCCUGGACGCCCAUCGAUGGCAAGGUGUGUUGCGCAGGGUAG